CUAAAUACAUUAUUUCAAUAUUUAUUCUGGAAUAUCGAUGUUUUAUCGUUAACAUCGAUGAUUAUCGAAAUUCGAUGAACAUCACACUACAGCCGCACAUCCCUACACUCCGUCUUUUUGUCAAACUUGUGGAAAGUGAGGACGGUUUUCAAAGAUGGGAAAAGUCAAGUGCUCGGAAUUGCGCACUAAGGACAAAAAAGAGCUCUUCAAACAACUGGAAGAGCUCAAAACUGAGCUUACUAGCCUCAGGGUAGCCAAAGUUACUGGAGGUGUUGCUUCAAAGUUAUCAAAAAUCCGUGUGGUAAGAAAAGCAAUCGCCCGUGUUUACAUUGUCUACCACCAAAAGAUGAAGGUUAACCUUCGCAAUCAUUACAAAAACAAGAAAUACAAACCCUUGGACUUAAGACCCAAAAAGACCAGAGCCAUGCGAAAAGCAUUGACUAAACAUGAAUCCAAAAUUAAAACCAGGAAAGAAAUAAGGAAGAAGUCUCUGUUUCCUCCUAGGGUUUAUGCUGUAAAAGCUUAAUAAAUAACCAAGUAAAUA